UCCUCACGCGCGCGUUUUGAAGACGGAAAUUUCAAUGGCGGAUUUUAUUUCGCGAGAGAUGUAGCCCCAAGAUUCGACGCAUGCGACUUUAUCAACGAAAAAAUAUGUAUUUAGUAGUUACAGCUGUGUCAUUGCUCUUGUUAGCAGGAUUAUUGGAAGCAGCCGUUAUUACUGUUGACCUUGAUCCAACCUAUUCACCCGGCGCUGUCCCAGCCAGUGAUGCAGACAGAAUCUAUCAUUCAGCAUUGUACCACCCUAUGAGCAAACCAAUUCUUGCCUAUCUCAAGGUGGACGGAGUUGUAGACAAAGAUUUCUAUGGCACUUGUAACAUCACAACAGUGGACAUUUAUGCAUAUAAUUCAACGGGAGCUACUACAGAUACAUGGGAAAGUUCUGGCGGACAGCUAUGUCAAUAUGUCAACAGGAAUCAAUACCCCAAAAGUUAUGAUCCUCUAUUCAGUUGGGUUUGUGGUGACAACACGACUUUAGUUGAUGUGCCAGUGUAUGCAGGAGAAUUGAGAGCAGAUGCACUGUACCACGCUCAUUCAGUCGUACCUCCGAGGGAACGGGCCAUACUGUUUUCUGUGGAGUAUGAUGGCCUUGUAUACACGACCAUAACUGAUCCUAUUGAAGUUACCGAAAAUGCACAGAACGUCAGUCUAAGCACACCACCUCCUUCUACAAUAGUGGCAAACAAAGGCUUUCCUAUAGAUGUUCAUAUCCUAGAUAGCAGUGGAAGUCUCAUCACUUCUGGCUUAGAUUCCACACUGGAUGUUACCAUCAAAGUGGCCUGGUUGGAGGAUUUGUCUGUCAUGUAUCAUGACAAUGGUUAUCGCAACAUGCUGUUUUAUGAAAAUGUGAGGCUUGGGGGAACUGACAUGGUGCAAAGUAAGAGUACCCAUAACAAACUGAUUACUAAAAGAGCUUCUGGAGGAAUUGCCUCGUUCACAGAUGUGCGUCUGUUGGAUGUCCAUACAUGUGUGCAACUAAACAUCACACUUACCAUGCCUCGGUAUCCACUAUUCAGGUUGCCAACUACCAUGAAUGAGGAGAAGCAUGUACAUGAGCUGACCAAUGGACUCAACGGGUACUACAUCAACAGCACAAACGAUGGCGGUGUUUACAUCACGAACUGCAUCGCUGUGACAGAACAAACUGCUGCAUCUAUAAAUCUCCUGAACGGUAAUGAUGUACAUACUACUGUCGCUGCCAACUUCCCAAUAGAUGAUGGAGCCAUCCUGGAAAUUCAAGAUUCAGCUGGUGACAGAGUCUGGUCUGGUGGCGAUGCCAAUUUGACUAUCAGUGUCACUUCAUCUGGAGGAGGUUGUGUAUCCUCGGACUCCCAGAAUAUUACAGCUUCUCAUGGACAAGCUGUGUUUGCUGGCUCGUUCUGUGAUGUUGGUACAGGAUUUGUUCUCUCCUUCGACGCUGACAGCUUGGUCACCCCUGGUCCUUUGACUGGGACAGCUUCUGAUCCUUUCAACGUGACAAACGAGAUCUACAUCGCAAACUUUAUUGAUACGUAUGGCUCGUCUGCUACGUCAGAUACAGGACCGUUUAUUGAUGCAUUUGCCACCUAUGCAAUAGAAGACAUUGCUGAUGGUUAUUUUCCAGACUUGUUACAAGGGAGAACACUCUCUAUGAACAGCUACGAUGUUGGAAAAGAUGGCAGUUUGGCCCCCGCAGCAUUUCAGGGGAUGAUUGACCAUGGCAAGCUGAAUCCAAGCGAGAAGGUCCGAGGCAUAAUAGGGUUCGGAUCCAACACUGCUACCAAGAAAAUGGCUAGCUAUUUGUCAGCAAAUCAAAUGCCAUCCCUAGCAACAAGAGAAGAUGAAGCAGAAUUUACAGACAAGGGUGUUUAUCCAUACUACAGCCGACUGUCGUGGGAUUUGGCAGCUGUUGCUCAGUGCCUAAUGAUAGCUUGCAGAGAUCGAGGAUGGAAAAAAAUGAUCAUUGUUCGAGAAAUUGACUACCAGAUACAUCAAGUGCUCUAUCAGAAAGCUGCCUUGUUUAACUUGGACAUCACACAAGAGGUCAUCAUACCGAAACUUUCUCCAGAACAAUAUGCGCCGGGUGUUAUAGAUACUCAAAUGGAGCAGAUCAAGAAAGCAGGAACAAAGAUUAUUCACCUGUUUGCCUACGCCCCGUUACAGUGGUUCAUUAUCAGUGAAGCCAUCAGACAUAAUAUUUCCUGCUAUCAUGGAUAUGAAUGGGGCCUUCUAAAUGACGUCGGCUGGCACUUCCCCUGGGCCAAUCAGCAUCCUAUGUGUCUAGGUCCAAUCACUUGUACGAUGGCCUGGAUUGGUUACUUCGGUGUGGGCGGCACCUACAAUGUCAGUGGGAUGAUGACACCCUUGUGGGAGCAUGCCAUGAUCAAACACACCAACUUUCGUCGAAUGAACUACCGUGGAACUGCACCAAGACGCUCCCUCAAUGAGGUUAUGGCAGAAUGGGGCAAAGGAUAUGAUGCUGUGAGAACCUACGCCAUUGCUUUCACCAAUAUGAUCAACGCCAGCCUGACAAUCACUGGGCCAGCCUUGACUGCCGCUAUCAGACAAGUUGAUUUUGAAGGUUUGUCCGGGAGAAUACAUUUCCAAGCUGAUACGGGUAACCGGCCUGGCUUUCUGGGAAUGUGGGUGACAAGUAACCCCCAUCCGUUUACUAAUACAGCAAGCACAGCAACGACAGUAACCUUUGCCAGGAUAUUGGAACUGGCUCAGGAAAAUGCAACAAUGAUUACAGAAUAUAAGCAGCAAGCCAAACGUCCCAUGGAUUUGCCACCCUGGAACCAAGUGAUUGCAAAUUACACUAUUCCACCAACCAACUACAAGAACAAAUGGAAUGUGACUACAUCCACUGGGAUGGUGAGCUCCAGCACACAGCAGCUGAUCAUCAUUCCUCCAGGCACCGGAGAACCUCAAGUAGUAGUGGAGACUGAAUAUGCUGUGGCCCCAUUCUACUGCACUCAGGGCUGUGGUGGUGACGAUAUCAACGAGUACGAUAUCUCACAAUACCAGUUUGGUGACUGCACGGACCAGGAAGUCUGCACGUGUCAUCCUGGCUAUUAUGGAACCACCUGUGAUAAAAUGGUUUGCAGCUGUGUGUUUGGCCAUUGUAAUAUUCCAGAAGUUUGUAUCUGUGAGACAGGAUGGGAAGGAAAUCGUUGUGAGAUUCCAAUUUGUAACACGUUAGACUGUGGCAGCAAUGGAGCCUGCUCAGCACCUGAAACCUGUAAAUGUGAUACUGGCUACAUUGGAACGACAUGUGGACACCUCCUGGCAGCAGUCAUUGUUGGAUCCCUGCUCGGCUCCAUUGCAUUCAUCAUCAUUUUGGUGUUCCUUAUCAAAUAUAUCCUGAAGAAGCAAAGAUUGAUAGCUGCCCUAAAGAAUUUGGACUGGCUGGUGAAGUGGGAUGAGGUCAUAAUAGGGGAUGCGAGAGCCCUCAGCUUUCUGUCAACUGCUGGAGAUGAAUUCAUGCAAUCCAACAAAAAUAAUAUGUGCACUUGGAGGAGUCAGAAGUGCUUUGUCCAGCAAUUCAAUUGUGUGUCUCUGAAUGUAGAGGAUGAAGCAUUGAGAUAUGAAGUUGUACGCAUCAAGGAAACAAGACAUAACAACCUGAUCACAUUUGUGGGGGCCUGCUUGGAAUAUCCAUGUGUAGGCUUGCUUACAGAGGUAGCGCCAAAGGGAAGUCUCGAGGACAUGUUGUCUAACGAGAGCAUCAAACUAGGAUGGGAUUUUAGAUUCUCUCUUCUCAAAGAUAUUUGUCGUGGAAUGGAAUUUUUACAUAGGUCAGAAAUUGGAUGUCACGGGAGACUAAAGUCGUCCAACUGCCUUGUAGAUAACAGAUGGACAUGUAAAAUAUCAGGCUUUGGUUUACCUACCCUGCGUUAUAAUGGUGUCAGAAAACUUCGACCAAACAUGGAAGAUUUGCCAAAAAGCAGUGAGCUACUUUGGACUGCACCAGAACUUCUUUCAAAAGCUAAAAGACUAGAUGAUGUACGAAGUGGAAGCAAAGCUGGAGACAUCUAUUCGUUUGCAAUUUUACUGACAGAAAUGUGUACAAGGGAGGAGCCCUACACGAAUGAGCUAAGUUAUCUGACUGUUGAAGACGUCCUGGUUUUGGUUGUAAACAAAGAUGCCCCACAAGCUUCUGAAGCCAAACAGGUCUGGUUUAAAAACGGAGGAGACACGACAAAGCCGUUCAGACCAAAGAUAGACGAUGACAGUUUACCAGAAGAAUAUGCAGCAAAGAGUGGAAUGAGGAGGCUCCUGGAUAUAGCAUGGGGUUUGAAUCCCGACAACCGACCAACCUUCCGCCAGAUGCUGGACAAACUGAAUGAGAUUUAUCCAAUCAAAGGAGAGCUCAUUGAUAACCUUGUCAACAUGCUGGAGAAGUAUUCAAGUAACUUGGAAGUAAUCGUAGCUGAAAGAACGAAGGAGCUGGUGUCAGAGAAGGCAAAAACAGAGCAACUCCUUAGUCAGAUGUUACCCAAAAAGGUCAUGGAGGACCUGAAACAUGGCAAACCUGUUGAGGCCGAAUCAUUCGAAUGUGUGACAAUCUUUUUCAGUGACAUUGUCGGGUUCACAAAGAUUGCUGGAGACAGUACCCCACUACAGAUUGUUGACCUCCUCAAUGAUUUAUAUACCUGUUUUGAUUCCAUUUUGGACAACUAUGAUGUAUACAAGGUGGAGACCAUCGGAGAUGCUUAUGUUGUGGUCAGCGGUCUGCCCAUCAGGAACGGCAACCUUCACGCUGGUGAAAUUGCUAGUAUGUCCCUGGACUUAAUGAGUGCUAUUGGAGACUUCAAGAUGAGACAUAUGCCUGAUGCUACACUCCAGCUUCGUAUUGGAAUGCACUCAGGUCCAGCUGUAGCCGGUGUUGUUGGACUUAAGAUGCCUCGAUAUUGUCUGUUUGGAGAUACUGUGAACACAGCUUCCCGUAUGGAGUCCAACUCUGUUGCAUUGAGGAUACAUAUGAGCGAGGCUACAGCAACAAUUCUUCAAAUCCUGACCGGUUACCACUUAGAAUGCAGAGGACAAAUUGAGGCAAAAGGAAAAGGAAAGAUGACAACAUACUGGUUGAAUGGAAAGGAUGGAUUCAACAAGAGACUCCCAGGAAGAGAGCUUGCUGCGUCACUGUCACAGCACGAGUUUAAGUGAUUCUCUUGUGUGAGUGUGUACGUCAACAUAAACAUGACAAAUAGACCUCUACUGAAGGUUCUCUAGCAUAGUGUACAAACUUAACAUCAGCUACUGUUACUGAAAUAAUCUCUAUGGACCAAAGACAAUCUUCCAUAUUGCUUCAUGAACAGCAAAAAGUUUAGACACCUAAUUCCCUCAGAUUUGUGAUUCGAGAUGGACCCAUGUCUGCUCUUCAUUCCUGGUGUGGAAAUUCUAAAGAAAAGAUCAAAUAGAAGCUGUUGUGAGCUAGAGUUGUCAUUAUACUUGUAUAUUAUUAAGUUCUUGUUUGAUGAAUAAAAGUAUUUUUCAGAGGGUGAAUGAUGGAUUUUAUGGUGAAAAACAUUAUCAUGUCUAAUUUAAGCUUAACUGGUAGUGAAUCUGUGUGAGAAAGGAGAUUGAGAUCAUUUUCACUGUUGAAAUUAAUUAAUACAACAUUGUGCUUAUCAGUCCUGUGAUGAUGUAAAUAGGAGUUACUUUGUUAUUUUCUUUUUUGUUUAUUCAAAGCAAGUGUAAUGCAAUACAUCUUAUAUUUAGGGAUAUUCCAUAAUUUAGCGUAUGGGGAGGUGGGGUUAAAACCAGAUCUGCCUACCAUUAUACUUAAUCAGAUUGAAGAUGUUAUGGGUGGUGAGGUGUCUGAAAAAGUGCCUCCCACCCCUCCCCUACUGUUAAUUCUGGAACAGCCCUUAGUGAAAACUGCAUGAAAAGUGAAAAUAAAAGUCGUAAUAAUAUGUGGCUCUGGUCUAGGUGAUUGCUGGUGAGCAGGUAGCUCUGUUGGUCUGGGAACUUUCCUGGCGACAGUGAGUUCUUGCUUUACCAUUUUAAAAAAAAAUCUAUUUCCUUCCACAUCUUUAUGUACAGGGGACAUUUUCUUGCUCUGACAGUGUUAUCUGGCCUAAACAUUUUACUGUCGACCCUUGUAUUUAGGAUACAUAGCGAGUUAUACAAGUUUACUUAACAUUUCCUGUUUUGGUAAUGUAAUUUCCAACCAAUGUCAGUGAGAGAAUUCUACAGACAAGUACCUGAGCUAACAUCUCAAAUUUUUAGCUAGUUACAUCAUUCAUGCUAAUAUAACAUGUACAGAAUGGAAAGGCAAGUGUUUGUAUAAUUUAAAAAAAAAAAGUUUUAAAUAAUGUCAUUGCCAAGUGCCAGUUGCCAUUUGUUUAUUGCCUGCUGCUUAAUGACUAUUGGCAUGAAGUAAGUCUCAGUACUGGAUCAAAACACUAUCCAACUAAACCUUUGGCAAGCAAUCUGUUGUUAUCGGUUUUAUUUCAUUUUUUCCUAAUUAUACAGUUGAUUGUUGUAAAGCAAAACUCAAAAAACUCAUUUAAUUGACGGUAUUGUUAGAAUGAUAUAUAAACAAAAAUUCUCCCACUUCUAUGCCAGAUACACGAGUCUCAUGGCGGAUAACUAUCACAUAAUACAGCCGUACCUACUGGCAACCCCGGUUUGGGAGCCACAUUUUUCCAGUAAAUUUUGACUAGGAAGUGCAACAAAACAACCCAGAUCCAUUCAAAAUGCUCUGACAGUACCAUAUUUGCUGAUUUUCAGAAUGCGACAUCAUUGCAAUAAUAUUAUAUGAUACAUGACGUCAUUAAGUUGACAUUAAGGUCAAUCUAUCGCCGAAACACAAUUUCCAUCUGACAUUGCUUCACAGUUUUGAACAAACUUCCUAGGGAGCCUUCCUGAUACCUUUAUAAAGUAUGACCUUGGCAUACCACACUUUUUCCUGUUAUUUCCACACAUGUUCUUGGUAGAUUUGUACAGUAUCUAGAAAAUCUACAUUUGCAAUUUCAUUGUCAAUUCUUACCAAAUUCCUGGGUAAGAGGUGGGAGAAAAAGAGUCGUUAGUAUGUGGGAUAGGAAAAUUCUACCCUCAGGAUUAGCAACGCUGCAGUUCUCACCCUAAUUCUACACCCGAGGGUAGAAUUUUGCUAUCUCACAUACUUACAUAUGAUAGACUCUGUUCAUUAUAUACAAACUUUAACAAUUUUAAAGAAAUUUCUAUGAUGUUUUUGGACCUUUUGUUUACAUGAAUCUUGACUAGUUUGCAUUUUAGGCAUUCAUAUUUAAAAUAAUUUAAAAACCCAGUGGUUAUAAGACUUGUAUACCAUUUUGUGUACGAGUGUAUCAAUUGUAAAUCCAUGUUACCACGCACUUUUAUAUUAAAGGAUGUAUGUAAAUAAGCUCUCCGAGAUUUUUCCUUGAUAGCAGCGGCUAACUUAUCAGUAUAGUAUUUCCAUCAGCACCCAAAAUUAUCUAUAUACAAAAUUGUACAUAUGCAUAUGUGCUCAAGAAAAGUUGUUAAAUUAUAUCAAUUCAAUAGUCUGCUUUUGUCAGACCCAAACUAAAAAGGAAAAGGCUAGUGGUUAUACUCCUAAUAAGGAUAUGGAAUGAUGGAGUCAUCGCCCUUUGUUGCUGAAGAAAAUUGUUUGUGACCAACCGACUCUAUGGUGUUGUCAAAUCGAUGUUGAGGCUCUUAUAAAUGAAAAUGAAUUUUAUUGCCAUCGAGAGAAUGUUUCUAAUUUUAUCAACUGUACAAGGUGUAUGUGUGUGAAAAGCAUUACUGUUUGUGCUGUUGUAGUUAUCGGUGGCAUGAUUUUACCAACCAUGUACACUAAUCCAAGCUAUUUAUCACUGGAAAUAAAAUACUUCAUCUAA